AAAUACGUAAAACCAGGAAAUGCGGUGAGAUCAUAUGACGAGUUGUCAUCACUGGUGUGCUUCCCUCUUUACAGCCGACCAACAACAUGGCUUCCAACGACCAAAAUACCUACAUGAUGAUGAUUAUUUUCCUCCUGACCCUUGUCCGGACUGCUGAGGCGUUUGACGGUGGCGAUGUGGCGGCUCUUUUGCUUGGCGCAAUCGUGACGCUUGUGGGCUUCUGCGCGUGCAUGGGCUGGUACGCGCGCAGACGAAACGGCCAGUUUUGAUGAUCCAUGGCCCAACCGGAAAUGUGGCUGAACGCAUAUGUACUGUAUUGCAUUUGCACUGAAAAUAAAAAUCCAAUCUCUUUUGGAAAUGCAUGGAGAGUAUGGAGAUGUUGAUUAAAUUGACUUGAUGUUUAUUCCUAUCCAUGUCACUUAUAUGGAGCCCUAGGAAGUUCCUGUCCUGCCCGCUCCUUUAUGCUGUGUGAAAUGCAUUUACAACAGUAUUAACAUUGUUAAAAGCUCCAUAGUUUGUUAAUGCAUCAGAACAAGCUCCAGUAAGCUAUUAUGCAUACGGUCUCUGAAACACUGCUAUGGACUUGGACGUUGUGUGCUUGAUGUUGGUCUACUGUUAUGUUACAAGCAGUCCAUGACAAUCUGCUUUCAAUAUCAACAUUGUUCAGAGAAAUCUCUCCUAAAGUGGUUGAAAGACUGAUGCUUCCUCCACUUACUGAUAAGACACUUAAUACCAAUGCCACAGUGUUACAUAUGGAGUUAAUGCAGCAGGCUUUGUUUGUUUAAUGUAAUAAACUUCAUGAUCUUUAUGUACCUGUUGUGU